CCAGAGCCGUGUGCUGAGACUCUCUUCUCUCCUGCAGCGACAGAAGCCUGUUUACCAUGGGAAGGAUUGGCAAGGAGGUGACGGGUCAGGUCAUAAGCUUCAUAGGCUUUAUUGGGGUGGCGGUGACCACUGGGAUCCCCAUGUGGAGAGUGACCUCUUUCGUAGGAGCCAACAUUGUCACGGGCCAAGUCAUUUGGGACGGCCUAUGGAUGAACUGUGUGAUGCAGAGCACCGGGCAGAUGCAGUGCAACCUGAACGAGUCUCUUCAGAGUCUGGCCAGGGACUUGCAAGCCUCCCGAGCCCUGGUCAUCAUCUCCCUCAUCUUCGGCUUCAUCGGCUUCUCGAUCACCUUCAUCGGUGCCAAGUGCACCAGCUCCCUAAAAAAGGAUUCCUCAAAGGCCAAGGUAGUUAUCAUAGGCGGCUGUCUCAUAAUGGUGUCCGCCCUGCUAGUCGUGAUCCCCGUCAGCUGGUCUGCAGCCAUCACCAUCACGGACUUCCAGAACCCCUUGACCAUUGGGUCACAAAAGAGGGAACUCGGAGCCGCCAUCUACAUCGGCUGGGCCGCUGGUGCGCUUCUUCUUAUCGGCGGGAUCAUCUUGACCACGUCCUGCCCUCCUCAAAAGGACGUGUAUCGAUACCCAGGGUAUGCGCCAGCACCAAUGUACCCAUACGGGGGCCCAGGGGGAAACCAGCCAGUGUAUGGACCCGUAUAUGCGGCUGCAUCCAGCCAACCGUACACAGGUACUGGGACAUACCUGCCUAGCAAACCAUAUGCAGCACCAAACGGAUACCCUGCUAGACAAUACCUCUAAAGCCAAACUGGACAGAUGGAGGAUAGAUGCUGAGAUUUCAGCUAAUUUUUGUGCCAUUUGAAAGUAGAAUAACAUGAAAUGAACCAUUUUAAUUUUAGAAGACGGUAAAUAUUCCAAUGCAUUUUUUGAAUGAAUCCCCUCAAGCAAGUCCUGUAGAUUUUGGGAUUAUAUCAAUUUGUCAUGAUUUAUUUGUUUGUUUUGGAUUGAUUCUGUUCUCUAAAAGUAGAUCUUUACGAAGUCUUGAUGUCAAAGAGACAUGGUUGUGUACACAAGAGUUGUAUUGCUUUUUAAUGUUUCCAGGAAGUUACUGUCCAUUUAUUUAUUUUCUUGUACUAUACUGCAGAUUUUGUAAAUAGUGAUGGUUUGUGAUGUUGGUUGUCUGUAAAUGCAUCUUUGCAAAUCUUUGCAAUGCAAGAUUUUCAAUAAAAUAUUUGUUGUA